AAUCAGAUAGGCCUGGCCCUGCAAGCCUUUCAUAAGGCUUUGAAAACCUGGCUUGUCUCCCGUUUUUUAGAUGAGCUCAUUCUUUAAAGAUUAAGAUAAUAAUUGUGAUUGGCUUAUUGGUGUUAUGUUUUGCAAUUUGCCUUCUGGGCUUUCAUUGUGGCUUUCAUUUGUUUACUUGUUUGUAACUCAUUGUUAGGCAUCCAGAGUUGGAAUUACUAGUUGGGUGACAAUAUAAACUGGGAAGUGUGUGGAAAUUCUUUGUCCUUUGCAUUUUGUCUCCAUGUUACAAUCCAGAUAGUAAAGUAAAUGUGUCCCAAAAUGGAGAUGUUUUGUUCUUCUAUUGACUUGAACAUGUCAAUCCUUUGAGACUAGUAGAAGGGGCAAGCUAAACUGGUAUGGUUAUAUUACAGUAGUUCUUGUUGUCAGAGAAAUCACAUACCAUAAAUGAUUUCUGACUUUCCCAUCCUCUUCAAUCCUCAAAGUACUAAUAAUGGGAAAAGCAGAACUGUGCUCAGUUACUUUUGAAUAAAUGCCCUGUUUUAUCAAGAGGUUCAUAUCUAUAUCACUAUAUCUGAAUGAGAUACUAAGGUUAUAGAAAUAAAGAGAGGGGUGUCAACCAGGAGAUCAAUAAACUCAUUGAGAUCAUGGCAAACAGAAGACCAACCUGCCUUCUUUCAUUAGCCAACCAUGCCUGUUUUUACUUUUGUGUUCUCUUCUUAUUCCUUUUUCUUUUUCUUUUAACCUGUUAGAUAUCGUCCUGGGCUGGGACUGUUUUAUAUUUUAAAGAUAAAGGGUUCCUUGUCUCAAUAUUAGAAUAGUUGCUUUAUGUGUAGAAGAUCCCAGACAGGCAAAUAAUGAAAGAAACAUUGUUGUAUUGUGCCACAAGAUCCCUGGCUUUCAUGACCCAUAAGCAAAUGGGUCUUGUAUUGAACAACACUGAAUUUGUAAUUCCGCCCUUCCUUGCCGCCACCCCCCCCCCAAUGUACCCCAUCCUAGCAGAUUAGCCAGAGACUUUUUCAGGUAGCCUGGGAUACUGUUUAAGUAGAUGAGGUACUGCAUACCCCUCUCAACAAUGGGAAGCAUUUCCAAUUAUUCAGGCUUGAGAAGGGCUUUGAGCUACUCAGGUGACAACUUCCAGUUCUUUCACAUGCUCAUUGAAAAGCUUGUUGAAUUACUUUGCAGGCAGCUGCAAGAAGCAAGAGAAGACUGACUGACUGACUGACAUGACUGACUAACUGACUGACUGACUGAACAGGGAUGGAGAUUGAUAAAGCAGCUGGACGCUUCCUACCUGUGUCCUGAACUACCAUGAUAUCAUGGCAAGAUUUCGCAGGAGAACAUGCAUCGUUUUGCUGCUUUUUAUUUUAUUUAUUUGCUCUAUAAUGAUGGCACUGAAAACUCUGAGACCAGAAAGAGCUGGGUUUGGAGAUCCAUUUGGUCUUGGCCUGUUACCAGAUUUUCAGCAACAGACAACACAUUUAAAAAAGAAGAUCAGUCUGCAUAAAGGAGCAAAAGAAGACAGUUUCCCGAGGACCAAAAGUGUUCAUCCUCUACCGAUGAAUCUCAAAACACCUGCAACUUCUAUAAGAAAAAUGGAAGAGCUACCUCCUCCAAAUUAUAACUUCCAUGUAUUUUACUACAGCUGGUAUGGGACUCCACAGUUUGAUGGAAAAUAUAUUCAUUGGAACCACCCAUUAUUGACACACUGGGAUCCAAAAAUUGCAAGUGGUUAUCCAAAAGGCAGACACAGUCCUCCAGAAGAUAUUGGCUCAAGCUUCUAUCCAGAACUUGGACCUUAUAGCUCUAGGGACCCAUCUGUCAUAGAAGCUCACAUGAAGCAAAUGAGAUCAGCAUCCAUUGGGGUUUUGGCUCUUUCCUGGUACCCUCCUGUUAUGGCUGAUGAAAAUGGCGAGCCCACUGAUGGGCUUGUGCCUAUAAUUUUGGAUAUUGCACACAAGUAUAAAUUAAAGGUCACUUUCCAUAUUGAGCCAUAUAAAGACAGAGAUGAUCGUAGCAUGUACAGCAAUGUCAAGUAUAUUAUAGACAAAUAUGGAGACCAUCCAGCUUUUUACAGACAUAAAGUCAGUACAGGUAGAACGCUUCCCAUGUUCUAUGUUUAUGAUUCUUACAUCACAAUCCCAGAAAUGUGGGCAAACCUGCUCACAGUAUCAGGAUCUCAUAGUAUACGUAAUACACCCUAUGACAGCUUAUUCUUUGCCCUUAUUGUAGAAGAAAAACAUAAACACGAAAUUCAUCGAAGUGGCUUUGAUGGAAUUUACACCUAUUUUGCCACAAACGGCUUCUCUUAUGGUUCAAGCCAUCAUAAUUGGCCCAGUUUAAAAGCUUUCUGUGACAUAAAAAACUUAAUGUUUAUUCCAAGUGUGGGCCCAGGCUACAUAGAUACCAGCAUCCGACCCUGGAACAAUCACAACACACGCAAUCGUGUCAACGGGAAAUAUUACGAGACGGCAUUCAGUGCUGCGCUUCUAGUAAGACCUGAAAUCAUUUCCAUCACCUCUUUUAACGAAUGGCACGAAGGGACUCAGAUUGAAAAGGCCAUUCCUAAAAAGACAGACGUGACAACUUAUCUGGAUUAUCAGCCGCAUAAACCAAAUAUUUAUCUGGAGCUUACUCACAAGUGGUCUGAAAAAUAUAGCAAAGAAAAGGACCAGUGGCUUACAUGAGUUGCCAUUGUGGUUGAGAAUUCAACAAUGAAUCUAUGACUGAUAGAUUGAGAAGAUGUUGUGAGGAAGUGGUCUGACUAUUUCUACAGCUUUGUUAUAGAAAGUUUUCACUUUAAGGAACAAAGGUAACAACAAGCAAUACUGUCCCUUCAGUUACUUUAUUAUAUGAAGACUAUGUUGGCUAUGCUUAAUAUUGUAUAUAUUGUUCUGUACU